AUGAUGAACCAGAGGGAAGAUCUUCAUGAGCAUAUCUAUCGGCAAGAAUAUCAUCAUCCUCCAAACUAUUCAACCUGUAGUUCUUCCAUUUCGUCGUGGUCUAGAAGUACAGAGAAUGUAGAGGUUACAAGCAGGCUGGAGAAUGUACAACUGCAUCGAAUCUUCGUGUUGCCAAUGUGGUGCAAACGCAUUCGCAUUCUAUGCUCAAAGUUAGAGAUUAUUCCUUAUCCUUGUGUUCAACUUUCACUCGUGCAGAUUCUAUGUAUGCAGAUGCGACAGCAUCAAGUGCCAGCACCUGAUCUAUUCCAAGUCUAUUCUUAUCCAUGAUCAAGCUCUCAGUCUCAAGGAUAAGC